GAUUCGUAAACGUAAUCGUAAAUCUCGAAUGUGAAUAAAAUUAGAAUGAAAUAAUAAAUACACUGACCCUUAAAACAAUAAAAAUCAACAUUAAAUAGCAGGGAUAAAAAUAAAAGUGCUAUAAUAUUUCCAAAGGUAUCGAUUUGGGUGUGUUUGGGAAUUCAAUGAUAGUGACAGAAUACAAUAAAAAUGUUCAAAAAAUUAAAGGACAAACUCGCUGAAGAAGUGAAAUCAUCACCGCAAAGAAUCCAACAGUUCGCACAAGCUGCACAGGCUGCCGUUACAUCAGCAUCAAGCAGCAUAUCCGACAUUACAAAUAGUGAUUUGUUCUCUAUUGGUGAUAAUGAGAAUCAAUCAAAUCAAACACUUAGACCAUCAACAUCAACCAAUCAAACAAAUUCAUUUCAAGAAGUUUCUCUUAUGCAACCAGGUCAGAGUUCAGAAUCUAUGAACUUUGCAAUGAAUCAUGAGGACAAUCAAAGACAAAGAAGGCUAUCUAAUAGUUCUUUUACAAGUGAUAUCUCAUUUCGCCUUCCAAGCUAUGAAAGUCCUUCAAUGUACCAUCUGCAGUCUGAUAUGGAAGUAUCUGCCAGUGAAGCAGAAGAAAGAGGUUUCUCUACUGGUGCAGUAAGUCUGGAUAGAGUAACUAAGGAACAACUGUAUGCAGCAUAUAGGCGAACACAAGAAAGAUACACGAAAUACAGGACACAGUACGCUGAUCUUGCUCGCCAUUAUAAACUGCUAGAAAGGGAAAAUGCUAAAGCUAGGAGUGUAUUAGUAGAGACGCAAGACAAAGCUUUACGUAGAAUAUCAGAACUUAGAGAACAAUGCUCACUAGAACAAAGUGCCAAGGCACAUUUAGAGAAAGCUUUACGCGUCGACAUCGAAGAAAGGAACAUGAAAAUAGAAGCGCUAAAUACAAAAAUUUCACUUCUACAAAAUAUUGGAGAUAGUCACAAUCAACCUGCAACGGUUCAAGAACCUGUAGUAGAAGCAAAUAAAAAAGAUCAAAAUGAUGUUCAAUUGAUCAAUCUAUCACCUGACACUGAAGAUAUAAAGCCAUCAAAUAAUGAAGGCAUGACCACUUGCGACGUGGGAUCUGUCUCAAAUAAAAUUGAAAAAAUGGAACAACUACUGAACAAGUACAAAGAGUCACUUAAGAGCAGCAAAGAAAAAAAUUCGCAGUUGACUACAGAACUGAAAAAAAUAUCAACCGAACUUGAAAAUCAAAUAAAAGAGAAUGAGAAGCUGAAGGCUAUUGAACCUCAGUUAAUUGAGAAACAACAACAAAUUCAAGAACUUACUUUAACAAAUGAAGAGCUUCACAAUAAAGUAAACACAUAUGAUUUUGCAAAAACAAAAGAACUAUCUACACUAGAAAUGGACCUUCUUAAAUCAAAAGAAGAAAUAGAACAACUGCAGGGUAAAAUCGAAAUAUUCAGCAAAAGGGAAGAGGAAUAUGCAAUUUCUUUAGCUGAAAACAAACUUAGUAUUCACAAAGAACUUGAAAGUAAAGAAGCAGAAAUAAAAUCAUUAAAAGAUCAUUUAUCUGCUGCUAAAAAAGAACUCCAAUCUCUCAACAUAAUAGUUAAUGACUAUAAAACUAGUAUAGCAGCACUAGAAGAAGAACGCUCGAAAUUAAACAAUGAAGUUAAUGAAUCAAAUUUGAAUAAAGCUAAAAUAACUGAAAUGGAAUCCCAAAUUCUCGUACUUUCGCAAAAAUGCCAAUCUUUAGAACAAACAAAAGUGAAAUCAGAGGAAGAAAUAAAAUGUCUGCAGUUACAAAUGAAACAGGAAACUGCUGAAAAAUUGGCUAUGAUUGACAGAAACAGUUAUUUAGAGAAUAGAAAUUCAUUACUUAUUGAAGAAAAUACUAAGAAAAGCUCACAGGUUAGCCACUUGGAAAAGGAAAUUGUUUCACUAAAAAAAGAAAAUGCUUCAAGUCUAGAUGAAACAGCUCAGAAACAAUUACUUGAUGAAAUAGAAUUUUGGAAAGCUAAAUUCAACAAUUUGGAAUCUGAAAUUCAAGACGAAAGAGUGGAAUUGGUAAAAUUACAGUCGGAAAUUGAGAAACUUUUAAGAAAUCAUGAAUUGGUUCAAUCACAAAAUUCAGAGUUACAUGAUUUAUUGGAGGAAAUAAAAAAAGAAAACUCUGUUUUGCGUCAGAAUGUAUCCCAAAAUGAAAAAACUAUUACAAAUUGGGGAUCAAUAGCUGCUAAAGUGAAAGAAUUGCAAAACAGUAUAAAACUUAUAUCUGAUGAAACCAGAUCGUUUAAAGCAGUCAUUGCGGAUGAAAUUAUAUCUGAAAUUAGUAAAAACGUAGCUUCGCUUGAUGUAUUCUCCAAGAACUAUGAAAUAUUAAAGAAUAACUUCGAUAAACUUGAAAACGAUCACAACUCAUUACAGAAGGAUGCAAAAUCUACCACAGAAAAACUUUCGAAUUGUCAAGAAGAAUUGAAUGCCGUCAAAGUUGAAAAUCAAAUUUUGACUUCUAAAAUUCAAUUAAAUGCCAGUGAGAAAUUGGAAUUACAACAAGAAUUACAAAAUACUGUUGGUAAGUGUAAUGUUGCCGCUGAUGAAUUGAAUUCUGUCAAAAAUGAUAAACAAAUCAUGAUACAAAAACUAGAGGAAGUUGAAAGUAAAUGUCUACAACUACAAACAGCAAUAGAUCAUGAUAAUAAUCAAUGUUUGGAAGCCCUAGAAAAGUUGAAAGUAAUUCAAGAUGAAAAACAAACAUUAACUAAAAAACUCGAUAAGAUUGAAAAAGAAAACGUGAUUUUAAAUACAGAAGUAGAAAAACGCAAAGUAAGGCACAGGGACGAUGUCUUACUUAUCAAUUUAUUAAAUUCAGAAAAAGAAGAAUUGCUACAAGCUUUAGAAGAGAAACAAGGCUUUGUUGUAGAUUUGGAUGAAAUGGUGACAGAGUUGAAGAAAGAAAACAGUUCACUGCAAAAGCAGUGCGAAAACAUCGCUAACAAUGUCAAAGAUCUUGAGUUAGAAUUAAAUGAAGUACGGAAGUCACACGCCGAUAUGGAGCAAGAAAAAGAUCGUUUAAGUUCUGUUAUAGAGAUAUUAGAAAAGAAGGAACAAGCUAAAGAACUUAUAAACAAAGACAUACAAACCGAAAUAAAUAUACAAACAAAUACUAAUAGUAGUUCUACUAAUAAAGAUAAUGAUGAAAUUAUGUCGUUAUUAAAUAAUAUUGAUGAACUGAAUAUUAAAAAUUCCAAAUAUGAAGAAGAUAUUACAUCGUUGAAAGAAGCAAAUACGCAGCUAACAAACAGAAACGCAGAAAUAACAGAAGACAAUUUGCAGAAAGUAAAUGAAAUUACAUCCAAGUGCAACGAACUGCAAAAUGACUAUGACGCAAUCAAAGAAGAAAACAGGCGACUUCAAUCUGAUGUAGAAGGACUUCAGUCAUAUUUAGCAAAAAUAUCGAAAGAAAAUGGAGUUUUGAAUGAUAAAUUGAGAGAAUUGAUUGCUUCUAGUGAAAAUACCGCUCGAACUGACUAUCAAGCCAGUGAACUAUUAGAACUGCAAAACGAGGCUCUUGCAGACAAAGAAAAAAUUGAUGAUUUAACAAGAGAAAACUCAUUACUACUUGAAGAAAAUCUUGAAUUAAAAGAUCAGUUACAGUCUCAGAACUAUGCUGAGACCAAAAAGUCUACAAAUAACAACGAUACUGAUACAGUCACAAUUGAGAAGUAUAAUAGUUUACUGGGAACUAAACACAAUCUUGAAGAGAAAUUGAUUACUCUAGAACAAAUGAACCGAUCAAUAAAUGGAAACAUGCAACAAAUACAAGGUAAUAAUGAAAAACUGAAACUGACUAAUGAAAAACUUGAAAGAAGACUGGACGAAGCUCUUGUUAGCCUGAGACAUUUACAUUCUUUGCAAGAAAACACUGAACUAGAAUAUUUGAAAAAUAUUCUCUACGAAUAUCUCACUGGAUCAGGAACACAUUCCGUUACAUUAGCGAAAGUUUUAGCAGCUGUCGUGAAAUUCGAUGAUAAACAAACCCAACAAGUUCUUCAGAAGGAAAAAGAACGACAAGGAAUUUUACGACAACUCGGCUUGUUGUGAUAUCGAUUGUAACAACAUUGGAACAUUCCUUUGGGAGCUCAUAGCUGGUUAUUUACAAGUUUUACAAUCGAUAGAUAAGUCCAUAUUAUUUACUAAGGUUCACUAAUGAUACAAAAUUAAUAUUUAACAAUGAAAAUGAGGUAUGUACAUUUUAGGAUUAAUGUUAACACGUUGGCUGCCAUGAGGAAGGAGCAAUAAUUUAGAGGUUUAUAAGCUAGAAAAUCAUCGUGUUAGGGAUGCCUUUAUUGCUUGAAUGUGGCGAACCGCUACAUCACAGAUUAAAGCAUAGACAAAUAUUUGUUAUUGUUGUAGGUAUUAAGCUUAAUUUAUUUUUGGCAAUGUUGUUUAAUGUUGCAUGAUUCGUUAUUUUACAAACGGCGUCGAAUCUUUUUAAGGAUAAAUUAGGUAUCCUAAAUUAUCUGUUUUAUUUCAGUUAUAAAACAGAGGAACAUAGUUAUCUUUUUACAUAAUUUCUUGCGCACGGGUUCCGUCCCCCUCGAAUAUGACGAAUCAUGCAAUUUGCUGAAGGUUUGGAUUAUAAUAUCGACAGCAUAUUAAAAUCACUGCCAAAAUAACAGUUUGCUUGCUGAAGAAAAUCAUGUAGUCAUAAAGUACACAUUUUACACGUACACCCUAAUUAGAAGCUCAAUGCUCAAUGAUGUUAAAGGGUUUGUCAUAGAAUACAUUCAACGACCGUUACCGUGAUUUAUUUUAUCCUUUAGAUUCCUUAUCUACUAUAAAAGGCAGGUAAAAAACUGAGACUGUUAAAUUUAAAUCAAUAUAUUUGGUUAGUAAUGAGAAUUAAACAGCAAAAUGCCUUAAUUAAACCACCUGUUAGUAAAUUAUGACGCUCAGUCAGAAGCAACCAGGGCAAAAAUAAUUUAAUAUUAAAAAGGAUUAAUAGAAUAUGUAUUCACCGAAGACUAAAGCGUAAUGUAUCUAAUUGUAAUGUAUUGUAUAGAUUUUUGUAAAUAAUAUAAUUAAGUACUGUAAUUUGUUAUAUUUUUGAGUAAAAUAGGGAUGUAGACAUCACCAGUCAAUUGAAGUAACUUAUGAGCUGCUCUAAGGCCUCAGCCUCGAACUUAGCGGGUAGCGGGGCGGGAGCGGCGGCGGCGCUGGAGCGGGGUGGGCAACGCAGACCCGUUCUCGAAACAAGCGGGCAGCUCGCGCGGCGCUUUAGCGGCGAAGUGUUGUGUUCGGGGUUGUGUUGUCGAGAUAUUUGUUUUUAUUCGCAAACGAAAUGUCUGAACAACGGCGACAAUUUUAUUUCGAUUCAAAUUUAUUCCUAACGCUCGAUUUACUGUGGGCAAAAGAAGGAGUGCGCUGCCCGCUCGUUGCCCGCUCCCUCGCCGCUGCCCGCUCGUUGCCCGCUGCCGCCCCGCUCCCGCGCCGCUGUUUUCGAGAACCGGUCUAUUUGAUUUUACGCAUAAGAUCCUGCCGCUCCCACCCCGCCGCCGCCGCCGCCCCGCUGCCCGCUAAGUUC